AUUCUCGUCAAGAAGAUACGAUAGAAGGAAUUAUGAGAUUGAAAAAUGAAAUUGAAAGCUUGGAUCCGAAAGAUCGAGCUGCUUUGGAAAGGGGCCGGAAGGAGAAUUUUUAUUUCUUGCUACAUUUGUGCGGAUGCUAUUUGGACAGUUUUUCAGCAUACAUUAAAAUGUUCGUAUUUUAUUUAUUUGGAACGGCGUUUUGUUUGUGCAUAAUAAAAACAAUACUCAUUGCUAAAAAUAGCAACAUUGUGCUUACCUGCGAAGCAAUCCACAACUUGUUUCAGAUCGGUACGUCUUUUAUCGUAUUUGCUACAAUGCGUUAUUACAAGGAACUAAUCAAUUCAACGAUGAUUACGAUCGGAAAGAAUUUUCACGAUUAUAAAAACACCCUUGAUGACGAGACCUUUGAUGUGAUUACAUCGAUACGCCAAGAAGGAAUUAGGAAGAAGAAACUAACAGCCGUUUCAUUCAGUUUUUUAGGAUUUGGAUCAAUGGUUUAUUCCUUUACGCGUCCGUUUGUUGAUUAUUUACUAGGAUUGCCGAUGAAACAAGAAAUGGAUGUCGUAAAUUAUCCUAUGACAAUGUGGAGCCCGUAUUCUGACGAUAUUAUGAUUUCAGUGACAUUCCUUAUGCAAUCCUUGAUAUUCACGUUCGUUAUUUCAGUAUGGAUUGGAAUGGACAUGACUCAGAUUUGUUUUCUCCUUGAAAUUAUUACAAACCUUAAAGUUUGUAUCGUAUCAUUAUCAAAUUUUGAGCAGCGUUCUAAACACAUUUUUACCUCUACCAUGGGAAGAGCGCCAGACUUGAAGUGCAAGAAGGAUCGAGAAAAAAUGACAUUUCUCAUAAAGAACAGUUUAAAAUCAUCGGUGCAGCACCAUCACACUAUAAUAAGAGUUUUCCAAAACAUCUACACUGUCGGGUAUAUUCCAUAUCUAAUGAUUUUCUGCUCUACAACAAUAUUGCUUUUUUUAACGAUAGCUAUUUUUACAAGUGAAGACCUACCCUUAACAGGUAAACUCAACUUCGUUUUGUUUGCCUUAGCAUAUUGCGUCCAAUUCUAUAUAUACUGCGCUCUCGGCCAAUCAAUAACAAAUACUAGCGCAGAUGUCGGGGAGGCCAUCUACAGGGGAAACUGGACGGAAUGGUCGAAGGACACUUACUUUUACACACUCAUGCUUAAACACCGUGGCCUGAAGACACUGGACCUGUCCGUUGGCGGGUUCGCAAAAUUAUCGAACGAAACUUAUUCAACGAUGGUAAAAACAGCUUUCUCGUAUCUAAACGUCUUUCGAGCUGUUGAUUCGCAUUGAUACGAUUUGGAUUUACAAGACGGACCUCCAUUCGUUGAAGAUUUAUACUAUUUCUUAAAAUAUUUAUUUUAGCAUUUAUUAACUUUUUUAGUAAGUUAAUUUGUUUCAAUCCUCUUUCGGAUUCUCUAUUUCAAUCUUUUUGAUAUACCUGGGAAUUAGAGAUCUCUAAGUCUCUUGACACGUCGUACAAACUUUUUAUACUUUGAACCAAUUUUUAUUGAUUAUUACCGCCAAAACAAGCCCGCACGUUCCUUUUUUGUUAGUAACCAUACUCUUUAUAAAUAGAUCUCCGAAUUCCUUCUAUUACUGACCUCAUCAAAUUCCACUCCAAAUUAUCUCCUCAUUCCAACUCUUUCAUCCGCGACCUUUCCACUUUCACACUCCCUACCAAUUCCCCUUGAGGCGACGUUAGUCUUGCGAUCAGCAAGCAAAAAGGCCAUCCUUCGAGUUUAUGUCGUGCAGUUGAAUAGUCUGGCUGAUGUUGGUCAUCGACGGGUGGAUUACAUCCACAUUUAACACGCCACAUAUG